AUGGCCAUGUCCUUCCCUGUGCCGCAGCUGAACGACCGGAAGAGAGUCAAGGUCUACGAGUUGCGGAAUAACGACUGGUUCGACCGGGGGACGGGCUUCUGUACCGGCCAGAUAACAGACGUGCGUCUGCCUGAUAGUGCUACAGUGAGAUGUGGUGUUUAUGCUGACUGCGGCGGACAGGAUGAACCAAAGAUACUUGUCGAGUCUGAAGACCAGCCAGACCGCAUGUUGCUCGAGACACGCAUCUCAAGGGAGGACGGAUACCAGAAGCAGCAAGGCAGAAACUUUGAUAGUAUGGACGGAACAGAACGGCACGGAUAUGGCGCUCAGCUUUCAGGAAGCAGAGGGGUGGACUUUGUGCGCCAUGUUCAGCAGCAUCUGGCUCCCCUGGGCCCAGAUGACUCGCUCUCCGACGACGCCCUCGAUGGUAUGCGCAGCGCGAUCAUGCUUCCCUCUCCUGACCUGACGAAUCUCGCAGAGAUUGAACAUCUCAUCGUCGGUGCCAGUGCCACCCAGCCUGGCCGGGACGCCAUAGCCCGCUUCGUCAUCCAGGAACAGUACAUCAUGAAACUCCUUCCGCUCGUUUCCGUGGCCGAAGACCUUGAGGGUCUGGCUGACCUCCACCGCCUCUGCAACAUCAUGAAGGCGCUCAUCCUCCUCAACGACAACACCAUCAUCGAACAGGUCGUCUCCGACCCCGUCAUCAGCGCCGUCGUCGGUGCCCUAGAGUACGAUCCGGACUUCCCCACACACAAGGCGAACCAUCGUCAGUACUUGAACGAUCGAACUCGCUACAAGGAAGUCGUCCCCAUCAAGGACCCCAUCAUCCUACUGCAUGAGCAUCGCAAAGAACUUACAGGCUCAAUCUCGCGGAGAUCUGUUCGCAAAUCUCAUUGA